UUGUAUAUCAAUAAUUAAAACGAACAUGCCACAGUGGUUAGUAAUUGGUGUCUCUGGCGUCACCUGUGGUGGCAAAACGACUUUAGCGCAUAGUCUACGUGAUUAUUUUCAAAGUCAACGUAAUAUACAGCUUUGGAACACACCAUAUGUUAUUUGUGAUGUGCAGUUACUAUCACAAGAUGACUAUUUCUUACCUGUCGAUGAUCUACGUCAUAAAUGGAUUGAGAAACUGAAUUGCAUUAACUUUGAAGUAAUCACUUCGUUGGAUAUGAAACAAAUGUUAUCGGAUAUAACUUGGACUAUGAAGGGCCGAUAUUUGGCUACUGAUCCAAUAAACAAUAUCGACUACAUUAAGGAUGUGGGUAUAUCUAAUAAUUUUGAACAUUAUGCACCACAAACACAUCACUAUCAAACGCAUCACUACAAUCAAAUCUUAAAUCAUCAUCCGACGCACAUAAUGCGUGUAAGUACGCACUUGUCACAGGCACGAGAUAAUAAAAUAAAUAUUUUGAUUCUUGAGGGUUUCAUGAUAUUCAAUCAACCGGAAUUGCUGACGUUAUGUAAUUUGAAAUUUCAUUUUCAUUUACCAUAUGAAAAGUGUUAUGAACGUCGUCGCAAACGCACUUAUGAUCCACCAGAUGUUACGGGCUAUUUUGAAAUGUGUGUUUGGCCGUAUUACGAGAAGAAUUUUGCAGCUUUCCGCGAUAGGAAAGAUAUAAUAUGCUUGAAUGGUGAAAUCAGUAAAGAAAGAAUCUUCAAAUAUGUGUUAGAGAGGAUUAUGUCUUAUUUCGAAGAACGCUGUGACGUGGCUUGUCCACCUCCUCAUAAAUUACUUGGCAUUCCAGGCUGUAGUAAUGGCCAAAUUACUAAAGUAUGCCCCAUGGAACAGCAGUAAAUUAUGGUUUAUGGUCUCCGUUUUAUUUUGGUUAGGGUUAUUUAUUAUUAAAAUACGAAAUUUAAAUUUAACGUGGUUAUAAAAGAAGCUUUUAACUGGUUUAAAACUUUUAACUAUUUAUUUGAUACAAAUAAAUUCUUUAUGUAAAGGAAGUUUAACACAUACUAUGUAAAUAUGUACAUACACAACAUUUAUAUGAAAAAAAACAAGUUCAUUAUAUGAAUUAAAAA